CUGGACGGGAUCGCAUAUAGGCUGGAGUGCUACUUGCCCGGAAGCUGGCGCAUCUCCAUUCAGUCUUCCAUACAGCACAAUGGAACGCCGAGACAGCGCGCUUGAUGUCGUCCAGAUUGCCGCCAAAGUCCUGGUCCCGCCAGCAACAUCGACACCUCCAGAACAACCUCGGCACGAGCUCACGGCAGCACCCGCACAAUCCGACGCGUCCUCCACUCCCACCGCGACAUGCCUCCUCGACAGGCUUCCAGAUGAGCUGCUCUUGAUUAUCUGGGAAUACGCCGUCAUCGAUUCGGAACCGCUCUUCGUCAAUUGUCCCUGCGACAGCUCAUUCGGCGGAUGGACCGAGGCAUACUACGCCGAGCGCGAAGCAUGGGAAGAAGGCGACCGCGAGCCUCCAUGGCAGCCAGCUUUAACACGCGUCUGUCGAAGCAUUCGCUGUGACGCCCUGCCCAUGUUCUUCAAGUGCAACACCUUUCGAGCGGGCUAUUGCUACGAGUGUGACAUGGACAUCGUCGCUUCGUGGUUGAAGGUGAUUGGGAAACAGAAUCGCGAGAUGCUGAAGCAUUUCUUCUUCUGGGACGCCAACCCAGACCACGACAAGUACAGUCCAAAGUGUCUCAAGAAGCUCAAGAGGAGUGCUGUAGUGCGGGAGCUUGGAGGUCGGAUGGAUACCACGUACACACGCGACGGGUGCAAGCACGAGGUACGGUUUGGCGACGAACAGCGAGAGCUCGACGGUGUCGCAGACCUGUUCGAAGAGGUGCUAUGAGGAAUUCUUGGAAGGCCGCAGCAGCCGUUGAAGGUCCUAGAACACGGAGCAUCGCAUGCUGUAUCUUCGCACGGUGAGUCGUAAUGAAGCACGAUUCCAGGAC